ACUGAAGAUCUGAAGAGGAUAAACCAUGAACUAAGGCAACAAGUCAUACAACUUCUUGAUAAGAAGCACGAGGUGGAAAGGCAAGUGGGUAGAUUCACCUGUAAAAAUUAUCAUCUGUGUAAACAACUUGCUGUAAUUGGCAAACUAUCUGAGCAGGCAGAAAAAGAAUUGCUAUUGAAUACUGCUGAUAAAGAGCUUGAGGAAGCAAAGGCUGAAUUUCUAGCUUUCAUUUCAGCUUUGAAGUAUAUUUGCUGGGAUGAAGGAGUAGGUUCUGGCCACUGUGAUUCAAAUUUGACGCUGGCAGAACAAGAUAAAGAAGAACACACGGUGAAAACACUAAAAUCUGUUAUUUUACAAACAGAAGCUGAAAUAGAGCAAGGGAAUUCACCUUCAAGGCUCGAUACCUUGAUUAAAACACUGGAAGAGGACAGAGACUACUAUAAAAGUGAGACUGAGAAUUUGCUGAAGGUACUUAGAAACGGAUUUUCAAGUCCUAAGCGAACCUCUACUUAGUCCUCUGAUCCAGAAGCUUUGAAAAUAUUGAGAGAACAUGAAGAACUUAAGUCAACAGUGAAAAAAUGUGAGCACCAUGUGAUGGAAAUUCAGGGUAAACUCAAAGUUUUAACAGCUGAGAGACACAAAAUUGUCAGCCUUUAUGAAUGGGCACAAGAAGAGAUUUCCCAACCUUGUCAGGAAGUUAUCAAAUGCCCCAGGACUCCUAAAAGUACUUUGACAGCUCAAGCUAUGUUAAGACAUGUGGAGAUGGAAAGGGAUACAGCACUGUCAGAUUUCCGAAGGAUGACUACAGAACGUGAUAGCCUCAGGGAGCAGUUAAAGAUUUCCCAAGAGACUGCAUUUAAUGAAAAGGCUCAUUUGGAACAGAGAAUUGAAGAGCUAGAAACUACUAUUCAAAAUUUAGAUAGAGAACGAUUAGAACAGAUGUCCAAAGUGGCGCUAAUGAAAGGCACCAUUGAUUCUCUGGAAACUGAGAAAAAAAGAUUGACAAGAAGAGCACAGGACUCUGAAACCGAGCUGAGCCGACAGGAAGCUGAAUAUGUUUCACUUAAAUUAUUGAAUGAAAAGACAGAACAGAGUCUUUCAGAGGCUCAGCGAAGCCUUGUUAAGAAAAAAUGUGAAAUGCAACUUACCCAAAAGAAAAUUAUGCUUUUGAAUGAAAAAAUUGCUGACUUUUCAAGACAAAGCCUUGUACAACAAAAGGAGAUCUAUGCUUUGAAAGACACGAUUGCACAACUUAACAAAGAGAAGGCAACUUUGCAAGACUGUAUGGAAGAAGGAAGGAAGAAGAUUGCUACGUUUGAGGAAAACCUGGCGAUUAGAGAGCAAAUAAUUUCAGAUUUGAAGAUUCUGAUUUCUGAGUUGGAGCAUUCCACAAAAAAAUCUGCUGAAACACUCCGUAUCUGUGAGAAAGAUAUCACCAGUUUGCAUCAAGAGCUACAAGAAACCAGAAAUGAACUUGCACAGACUAACGAGAACAGAAAAUCAUUAGCUCAGGAGAAUGACAGGUUACAAGAGCAUCUUUCUGAUAUUAAGGAAGAAAAUCAGCUACUGCAUAAAAAACUAGCAAAGUACCAGAAUGAGCUUGAUGAUAUGAAGAUGAAAGCCCAGGAUUCAAGCACAGAUAUUGUCAGGCUGAAGGGUGCACUGAACUCUAAAGAGAGAGAGAACUGCGAACUUUUGGAGAAUUACCACAAAGCCUGUGAACAAGGAGAAAGUUGGGAAUUAAAAUGCCAUCAAGCAGAAGCAGAUUGUAGCUCUGUUAAACUGGCACUGAUCAGUGAGGAGUCUGAGAAUCGCAGGUUGAAAGAGAAAAUGGAGUCCCUUGAAACACAGAUUGAGCAACAUUUAACAACAGAAGCAUCAUACAAGUCUCAGAUUUGCCUAAGCAAGUCUUUUGUGAAAAGAGAAGAAUUUCAAAACAUACAUCUGGAGAGAGUCUCUGUACUUGCAAAUCUCACAUCUACACAACAACUUUGCAUUAAACUAGAUGCAGUCGAAGAACGAUUAAAACGGCAAUUAACUUCCACAGCAGAGAAGGUAGAAAGGUUGCAGAGCAAGUGCAAAUCAUCCCAUUCUGAAAUAGAGCUACUGAGAAAACAACUGGGAAAUGAAAGAGCAUCUGUGAAAAAUCUGGAAUCUUUGCUUGUGUUCAAUCAUGAGAAAGAAUUUCAGUCACAGAGAGCAAAGCAAGAAAAAGACUCUGAAAUUCAGUUUCUCAAGGAACAGCUUUCUUUAGUGGAAAAUGAACUUGUUGUGCAGUGUCGAGAUUUUACCCAGCUCAGAAGUAGAGUAGCUCAGCUACAGUCAGAACUGGAUAGCACCAAAAGACACCUGGAGACUGAACGCUUUGAAAG